UGACAGUUAUUAUCAUAUUCGAGGACGUUAUCAUGGAAAACCAUGCGUACAGUGCAGAACCGACAGAGAACGGGAAGGCAGAUACGCGAUCGGUAGCAUCGCCGAUGAAUUCUAGCACCACACUGCAAACGAUCAGCGACGACACGAAAACCAGCACGAGCACGACGCGUGACAAAUGGGGCCGCGACAUUGAGUUUAUGCUGUCCUGCAUUGCGUACUCGGUCGGUUUUGGCAACAUCUGGAAGUUCCCAUACACGGCCCUCAAGCACGGUGGCGGCGCAUUUCUGCUACCGUACCUGAUCGUACUGUUUAUCGUCGGACGUCCGAUCUACUAUCUGGAGAUGAUUUUGGGACAGUUUUCGAGCCGAGGUUGUGUGAAGCUUUACGAUCUAGCACCAGCUAUGCGAGGGAUCGGUGUGGCACAAACGAUCGCUAUGUUCGUCGUGAUGACUUACUAUGCGCCGGUGUUGGCGAUCACGUUCCGAUACUUUGUGGCGUCGUUUAGCAGCACGUUGCCGUGGAGCGAGUGUAACCCUUCCUGGGCAAACUGUGUGAAUUCUUCGUUUGUUGGAAGGCUCGAGCCGACCAACACGUCCGUUGGAUUGCAAUCGUCUGCGGAGCUGUAUUUUCUAAAGGAAGUCAUACAUAAAGCUCCUUCACUGGACGAUGGUCUGGGCGUGCCUGACUGGAAGCUGGCACUGUGUCUCCUCUUUGCCUGGAUUGUUGUUGCAACGAUCCUCGUUCGGGGUGCGAAAAGUACCGGCAAAGCGUCCUAUUUCCUCGCGAUCUUCCCGUAUGUGAUCAUACUGAUCCUUCUCAUCCAAACCCUAAUGCUUGACGGUGCAAUGCAGGGCAUACUGUACUUCAUAACACCACAGUGGGAUAAGCUUCUCAGCAUCGAGGUAUGGUACGAAGCAGUCACGCAGUGCUUUUUCUCACUGUCCGUCUGCUACGGUGGAAUUAUCGCGUACUCGUCCUUCAACAACUUCAGCAACAACGUGCACCGUGACGCCGUCAUUAUCUCCUGGCUCGACACAUUCACCUCGAUCGUUGCCGGUUGUAUCGUGUUCGGGGUGAUCGGCAAUUUGGCGUACGUUAGCGGACAGCCGGACAUACAGAAGCUCACUCGAGACGGUGCCGGACUCACCUUUAUGACGUACCCGGAUGCGAUCGCCAAAUUCCAGUUUGUGCCCCAGCUGUUUGCUGCCCUGUUCUUCCUGAUGCUGUUCAUCGUUGGCGUCGGUAGUAAUCUGGGCGUAACGACCAGCAUCAUUACCGCUAUUCGGGACCAGCGUCCACACCUCAAGCACUGGCAGGUUGUGCUCGGAACCGUUACCGUUGGAUACUUUCUCGGGCUGCUCUACCUGACGCCCGGUGGGUUCGAUUUUCUCGAUGUGAUCGAUUACUAUGGUGCGAAGUAUGUGACGCUAACGUUUGCCGUGCUUGAGCUGGCCACGGUGGCGUGGAUCUACGGGGUGGAUCGUAUCUGCCGGGACAUAAAGUUUAUGCUCGGCAUCGAAACGUCGUUCUACUGGCGGGUGUGCUGGGGACUAAUUGCACCGGCCGCCACACUGCUCAUUCUUAUCUUCAGCUUUGCCGACUUUGAGCUGCAAAAGGUCCCGAUGGGGUACAAUGUUUUAGGAUUGUUUAUCUACGUCAUCGCCUUUCUGCAACUACCCGGCUGGUACAUUUACGCGAUUUACCGGCGGCGCUGUAAGCAGACGGAAUCGCUACGUAAAGCUGCUCGAAACGCGCUGGAACCGAUGGACGUUUGGGGUCCGGAGAAUGAUGCCGUUCGGGUGCGGUAUCAGACCGAGGAGGAACAGUAUCAAAACAGUCGACCGGAGAGCACGAACGCUUUGAAGCGAAUCAAGAAGCGAAUGUUUAACAUUGGCUGA